CGCCAGACGCAGGUUCAUGCGCGACGCCAUCACUGUUCACCACAACGCCCAAUUGCUGCGUGGUGAAUGGAGGUGAAUGAGCAGGUCCAAGGCUUUGCACAUGCCUGCCAAUGGUCCGAGCACUCGCGCUUGUGAUCGCAGAGCCGUGCCUCCCUCGGCGCUAUAAAAUAUCCCAAGUCUCGCCCCUCUCCGACCACUCGAACACCGAGCACCACUGGAGCACUGUGCACCCUUCUGCCAACACUUCUUCAACCUCGCCAUCGUCGACAGCGAUGGCGCCCCUCGCGCUCCUCACCGGUGCUUUGGCACUUGCAACAUCCAUCGCCGCAUCCCCAUACCCGCUCAUUCGCCGUCAGAAUGACACCAACUCGAAUUGUCCUGGCUAUCGAGCCAGCGACAUCAGCACCAACGCCAAUGGGCUGACUGCGAAACUCACACUAGCAGGCGCUCCCUGCAACAUCUACGGCAAGGACAUCGAAGAUCUGACAUUGACAGUCGAGUACCAAACUGAUACGCGUCUACAUGUCCUGAUUGAGGAUGCUGCCCAGCAAGUCUACCAGGUACCCGGUUCUGUCUUCCCACGCUCGGCGUCGAGCGGCUCGCAGAACGCUUCGAGUGAGCUUGUCUUCGAAUAUGUCGAAGAGCCAUUCAGUUUCAGUGUCAAGCGACGCAGCACCGACGAAGUCUUGUUCGACUCAUCGGCAGCGUCUCUUAUCUUUGAAGACCAAUAUGUGCGCUUGAGGACAUCACUUCCCGAGAACCCCAACCUCUACGGUACCGGCGAGCACACCGAUCCAUUCCGCCUGAACACAACUGAUUACACACGUACCGCCUGGAACCGCGACGCUUAUGGUGCUCCCUCAGGCACUAACCUCUACGGUACACACCCAAUUUACUACGAUCAUCGUGGCACCAACGGCACUCAUGGCGUGUUCCUCCUCAACUCGAACGGCAUGGAUUUCAAGAUCGACACCACAGGUGGCCAGCACCUUGAGUACAACAUCAUCGGCGGUGUCCUUGACUUUUACUUCUUGGCUGGUCCAUCGCCAGUCGAGGUUGCACAGCAGUACUCCGAAGUCUCUCAGAAGAGCGCCCUCCAGCCAUACUGGGGCCUUGGGUUUCAUCAAUGCAAGUACGGAUACCGCGAUGUAUACUGGGUUGCAGAAGUGGUUGCCAACUACUCUGCUGCUGGCAUUCCGUUGGAGACUAUGUGGACAGAUAUCGACUACAUGCACUUGCGAUGGGUCUUCACUCUUGAUGAAGAUCGUUUCCCGCUAUCUUUGAUGCGACAAUUGGUCGACCACCUUCACGCCAACCAGCAACACUACAUUGUCAUGGUCGAUCCGGCCGUCGCUUACCAAGACUACGACGCUUUCAACAACGGUGUAGAGCAGGAAGUCUUCAUGACGCGUAACAAUGGCUCGAUCUACAAGGGUGUCGUAUGGCCAGGUGUAACGGCAUUCCCAGAUUGGUUUCAUCCCAACACUCAACCCUACUGGAACGAAGAGUUUCAAUCUUUCUUCGAUGCCGAAACCGGCGUUGACAUUGACGCGCUCUGGAUUGAUAUGAAUGAGCCUGCUAACUUCUGCAACUACCCGUGCGCCAAUCCGGAGCUCGAAGCUCAGCUGGCGGGCAAUCCACCUCAGCCGCCUCCUAUUCGUCUUGGCAGCCCGCGGCCAAUCUCAGGCUUUGGUCCUGACUUCCAACCCGUCUGCAAGUCCGUCGUCACGUUCAACGUCAACGCAAGCACCUUCUUCGGCGAGAACAUCUUGGUCUUUGGCAGUGCCAUCACCAUUGGCGGCGGCGAUGAUACCGCAGGCGCGGCACCACUCGGCGCUGACAAUUAUCCUAUCUGGAGCGCAGCAAUCGACCUACCAGCCAAUACUGAGGUUACAUACCAGUACAUUCGGUCUCAACCAGGUGGCGUAUUCAUCUAUGAGACAGAGAACCGCACUUUCACGACAGGCGAUUGUGGUAGCACGUCUUCUACCGAUGAUACGAUCACUACUUCGUCGCCUCCGCAGAGCAAGCUUGUUCGCCGUCUUGCAGACUUCUCGUACAAGACGCAUCACAUCACGCCUAUCUUCAAGCGACAAUCCGCUGGCGACAUGAAGGGCUUGCCUGGUCGUGAUCUUAUCAACCCAGCUUAUCAAAUCGACAACGCGGCUGGCAGCAUCAGCAACAAGACUGCUGAUACUGACAUCAUUCAAUAUGGCGGCUGGACUCAGUACGAUACCCACAACAUCUAUGGAUCUCAGAUGUCCGAAGCUUCUCGUAUUGCGAUGUUGGCUCGUAGACCAGGUCUGCGUCCAAUGAUCAUCACCCGCUCAACAUUCGCUGGUGCCGGAGCUCACGUCGGCAAGUGGUUGGGCGACAAUCUGUCCAACUGGGGGAACUAUCUCAUCUCCAUCUCCCAGAACCUCGAGUUCGCAGCCAUGUACAACGUGCCAAUGGUGGGCCCGGAUGUUUGCGGUUUCGGUGGCGAUACAACCGAGCUGCUUUGUGCUCGAUGGGCCACAUUGGGCGCCUUCACUCCAUUCUAUCGCAACCAUGCUCAGAACGAUGCGGCUGAUCAGGAGUUCUACCGCUGGCCACUUGUUACUGAGGCAGCAAAGAAGGCUAUCGACAUCCGUUACAGACUGCUCGACUACUUCUACACCGCCUUCUAUGUGCAAAACCAGACUGGCACACCGGUGAUCCAGCCCAUGUUCUAUCACUACCCAGAAGACAGCAACACCUUCGGGCUCGGCUACCAGUACUUUUAUGGUCCUGGCAUCUUGGUCGCUCCUGUCACUACCGAGAACAGCACUACAGCGACACACUACUUGCCAGAAGACGUCUUCUACGACUUCUACACCCACGACAAGAUCAUUGGCACUGGCGAGACCGUCACUGUCGAAGACGUUGACUUCACUGAGAUCCCGCUCUACUACAAGGGUGGCUCCAUCAUUGCUCAGCGCUCCGAAUCCGCCAACACCACGACCGAGCUUCGCAAGAAAGACUUUGACAUCAUCAUCGCUCCUUCUGCCAACGGCACCGCCUACGGCGAGUUGUAUCUCGACGACGGCGUGUCUCUUGUGCAAGACACCUGGUCAUACAUGAAGUUCGAGUACUUCAGCAACGGACGCUUCACCAUCACUGGUAGAUUCGGCUAUGACACUGAUGUGUUCAUCCAGUCGAUCACCGUUCUCGGCUUGGGCAGUGGCAGUGGCAGUGGCAGCACAGGCGCCUCACGUAAAAAGGUUGUCAACAACAGAAUCAGCCUGACUCAAGAGUACUCGGGCAUUGUUUAGAUGGAAGGUCCACAGUACUUCAAUACAUUCGAUGACAUAAAAGAACAGCGACAGACAUGGCUACAGAGCUGCAGAGCCGGUUGCGAGAAGAGGGCGCUUAAGGGCUGGGCUGGGCAGGACGACUUCCGGCAUUUUCUCGUAUUGUGCAUGAGACAUGAUAGUCGUUCAGCGCAGUAAACACUUUUAAUGAAUUGACGCUUGCAAAUUUCUUGUAAUGAAAUGUGAAACCAUCUGAAUUCAUUGACCGAGAGGCGGUUGAGAGGUGUCUUC